AUGGACCUCUCACGGCAGGAGUAUCCAGCUUUGCUGGCCUCUCUGCAGCCCGGCCAAGCUACUGCUGUUCUCAACGAUCGCAUUCGUCUCAUCAACAAGAUCAAUGCAGAUAUCGCAGAUUGGCUCCAGGAGCGACGUCGCGUCGAAGAAGCGUAUGCUCAAGGAUUGCGGAAACUCGCGACGCGGCAGCAAUUGGAUAAUGGAGCGGCAUUAGGAGUCUUUCAAAUACCGUGGCAACGCAUUGUCAAUGCGACGGAAAUGGUCGCCUCAUCGCACGAGACCUUUGCGCAGAAAAUCGAAGAAGAUGUCGAACGCCCUCUUAGGGAUUACCACAGCAAGAACCGCGAACUAGCCUCAAUGCCUGGAGUCCAGAGCGACCUUGCGGGUCUUGCGAAGAACUUAGAAGCAUCGCACAAGAAGGUGGAGAAAGCUAGAGAGAAAGGGCCCAAGGGCGCAGAUAAGCUAGCUGGUGCGAUUGCCACCGCAGAAGAAGUCAAACAGCAAUGGGAAUCACGGGCACCUUUCGUUUUUGAGCAGCUCCAAGCAGCUGAUGAGGGUCGGCUCAACCAUCUGCGAGACGUUCUCACCCAGCUGGAGACUCACGAGUCAGAUCAGGUUGAGCGCUGCCGCCAAGCAGCCGAAACUUGUCUGAAUGUACUCCUGAACGUGGAGACUGCAGACGAAAUAAAGACAUUUGCCGCGAAGGUCAAUGGUGGACGACCGGUUCUUCCGAGGCAACAAACCUCUCCUACCCCUGCAGCCGCACCCCAUGGACCACCGCCACGCAUCCACGAUGACACCGCUAGCCAGCUCUCAGAGGCAUCUGGUCCCGUCAGGACACCCCCUGCACCUGAACCCCAGCCCCGUCAUACACCCCUUGGCGGACUCAAGCGAUUGGGAACUGUCAUGAACAGAAGGAAGAGCAUAGUUCAGCCUUCCGGAGGAGCCCCAUUCUUUUCGGAUAAGAAGCAUCGCAGUCCCUUUGCACCUUUCAAGCGAGGAGACUCCCGUGACAUGCAAAUCCCCGAGUCGCCAACAGGCGAGGAACGACCGGGCACCGCGCUAACUACUCAUGAAAGCUACAAUGAAGUAACGCGUAUACCCAGCGAGACACGAGACCACGAAGGCCACGGUACGAUUGCUUCCAUCCCGACCGCUCAGUCACCACCAACAACCGCAAAUGGGGUAACAUCCCCAGAACCCCCUGCCGAGACAGGCCUUGCUAUCAGUGAAUCGAGCCAGCCUCGAGUCGACUCCGAAGGAUUCUCAGAACCACCUCAAACUAUUGACGAAAUCACUCGAGCGCAGAGAGAAGAAGCAUCUGGCAUGGAGGAGCCUAGCAUCAAUCUAACGAUUCGGGAUCAGCCGAUAUUCGAAGACGAAGAUCAAGCCAAGCAAGCAAUGGACGAUAUGGCUAAUCAGUUGAGGCUGCGAGCCCAGCAAACUGGUGUAAGGCGGAAUGCAGGAACUCUGCGCGGCCGGCGUGAUGUUCGUAACACGGUCUUCAUUCCUAACCCGCCACCUGGCAGUGAUGUACCCGCUCUACCCUCAGGGUCAGAUGUCUCUGUGCCAACAUCGCCGAGCCUUCCAUCGAAGCACAUAGCUUCUCCUAGCACUGCAACUGAUGACCAUGCGUUAUCGGAUACAACCUCUGUCCGUUCAGGGCACACCUUACGCGGUACUUCAGGUCAAAUCCCACAUCCUGAUCUCCACGAGCCCGGUCUCAAUGCGUCUAUUAUUGAGACAGUAAAUGCAUGGUUCUCUGAAGGUGUCGUUACCAAGACCUCCGUGAUUGGAGAGCUUGCGUUGGCAUAUAACGGAGCCCCAGAGCCGAACACUACAAUUCGUCUAGACAACUUCCAAGUUCUGGAGAAGGUAGCUGCAAAUCCACAUUUGGUGAACGAAGAGAAGGACAAGGAUCUGUCGGAUGAAAAAAGAGGGCAAUACAACAUACAUCUUCCCGGCAUUGCUCGCCCCUCACCGACAGUGGCCUUCAAAUACCAACUUCAUGUUGACACAUCUGACGCCUCUGCCUACUGUCCGGUUAUCUUUAAACCAGCAUGGAACAUUGAGGAACAUCAGGCUAGCGUGAUCGUAUUCUAUUCUUUAAACCCGUCGUUUGCAUAUUCCCUGUCAAGGCAAUCAAUAACCCUGAAAAACCUGGUUCUGACGGUGAAUCUGGAUACAUCCCCUGAGGAGGGGCGAGAAGUAGCUCAUGCUACGAAUGCCGUCAUGUACCCUAAUACAGGAGCAUCCUUCCGUCGCAAGAGCUCAGCGGUGACCUGGAAGCUCCCUGAGUUCGAGGUUAAAGCUGGGCCUGAUGGCAAGCUGCUUGUUAGAUUCUCAACUGCGACUAGUUGGCCAAGAAAAGGAAAGGUGGACGCCAGAUUUGAGGUCCACACACCUGAUGCUGGCUCUCGGCUGGGCAUCAGCGUCGCUUCGCAAUCCGAGAGUGCACAAAAGGGGUCUGACCCUUUUGCAGACGAAAGCUUCGGAGCACAUGACGAUAUCCAACCCUCUCUGACAUGGAAAGAAGUUCCCACUACUCGCAAGCUGGUUGGAGGUAAAUAUGUCUCCUCUUAA